GGCCACACUGGGAAGGGACAGGAGAGGAGAGAGACAUCAUUCAUUAGCAGCCUCGCUCCUAGCAAGUGCCCAGCAGGUGUUUAUGGAAUGACUUACAGAAAUGAGUGAAUGUCCAGUUCUGAGUUUACUGAAUUCAUCCCUCAAAUGUCUUUAUGUGGACCCUGUCCUUGAACACAGUAAUCCUCCAAAAGGGUGUCCUCCCGGGCUUGCUUUUCUGCAAAAUGUUGAGAUUUUUGAAGCGGCCUCUAGUGGUGACUGCUGACAUCAACUUGAACUUGGUGGCUCUGACUAGCCUGGGACUACUCACCCGGCUAUGGCAACUCUCCUACCCUCGGGCUGUGGUUUUUGAUGAAGUCUAUUACGGGCAGUAUAUUUCCUUUUACAUGAAGCGCGUCUUCUUUCUGGAUGACAGUGGACCACCAUUUGGCCACAUGCUGUUGGCCUUAGGAGGUUAUUUAGGAGGAUUCGACGGUAACUUUUUGUGGAACCGAAUUGGAGCAGAAUACAGCAGCAACGUGCCAGUAUGGUCCUUGCGCCUGCCGCCAGCCCUUGCUGGGGCUCUGUCAGUACCCAUGGCCUACCAGAUAGUGUUGGAGCUCCACUUUUCCCACUGUGCUGCCAUGGGGGCCGCCCUGCUGAUGCUCAUAGAAAACGCCCUGCUCACCCAGUCCAGGCUCAUGCUAUUGGAGUCCUUGCUGAUAUUCUUUAACCUCCUGGCCGUGCUGUCCUAUCUGAAGUUCUUCAACUCCCAGACGCACAGCCCUUUCUCACUGCAAUGGUGGCUGUGGCUGAUGCUGACGGGGGUCUCUUGUUCCUGCGCAGUUGGUAUCAAAUACAUGGGAAUUUUUACCUACUUGCUCGUGCUCAGCAUUGCAGCUGUCCAUGCCUGGAACCUGAUAGGAGACCAGACCUUGUCAAAUCUCCGAGUGUUCAGUCACGUGAUGGCCAGAGCAGUGGCCCUGCUGAUUGUCCCGGUUGUCCUGUACUUGCUGUUCUUCUAUGUCCACCUAAUGCUGCUCUAUCGCUCUGGGCCCCACGACCAAAUCAUGUCCAGCGCCUUCCAAGCCAGCUUGGAGGGAGGGCUCGCCCGCAUCACCCAGGGCCAGCCCCUGGAGGUGGCCUUCGGUUCCCAGGUCACUCUGAGGAGCGUCUUUGGCAAACCCCUGCCCUGCUGGCUUCAUUCCCACAAGAACACCUACCCCAUGAUAUAUGAGAACGGGCGCGGCAGCUCCCACCAGCAGCAGGUGACCUGCUACCCUUUCAAAGACAUCAACAACUGGUGGAUCGUAAAGGACCCUGGGAGACAUCAGCUGGUGGUGAACAACCCUCCCAGGCCUGUGCGCCAUGGAGACAUUAUACAGCUUGUUCACGGCAUGACCACCCGCCUCCUUAACACGCACGAUGUUGCAGCCCCACUGAGCCCCCAUUCUCAAGAAGUCUCCUGUUACAUCGACUAUAACAUCUCCAUGCCUGCCCAGAACCUCUGGAAACUGGACAUUGUGAACAGAGAGUCCAGCCGGGAUACCUGGAAGACCAUCCUGUCUGAAGUGCGCUUUGUGCAUGUGAACACGUCUGCCAUCUUGAAGCUGAGUGGGGCUCACCUCCCUGACUGGGGGUUCCGGCAGCUGGAGGUGGUUGGGGAGAAGUCACGAGGCCACCACGAGAGCAUGGUGUGGAAUGUGGAGGAACACCGGUAUGGCAAGAGCCAGGAGCAGAAGGAGAGGGAACUGGAGCUACAUCUACCCACUCAGGUUGACAUCAGCAGGAACCUGAGCUUCAUGGCCAGAUUCUCGGAACUGCAGUGGAAGAUGCUGACGCUGAAGAACGAGGAUUCAGAACACAAGUACAGCUCCACCCCGCUGGAGUGGGUCACCCUGGACACCAACAUCGCCUACUGGCUGCAUCCCAGGACCAGUGCUCAGAUCCACUUGCUUGGAAACAUCGUGAUCUGGGCUUCAGCCAGCCUUGCCACAGUGGCCUACACCCUACUCUUCUUCUGGUACCUGCUCCGCCGGCGAAGGAGUAUCUGUGACCUCCCUGAGGAUGCCUGGUCCCACUGGGUGCUAGCUGGAGCCCUGUGUACUGGCGGCUGGGCGCUCAACUACCUGCCCUUCUUCCUGAUGGAGAGGAUGCUCUUCCUCUACCACUACCUGCCAGCACUCACCUUCCAGAUCCUGCUGCUUCCGAUCGUCCUGCAGCACGUCAGUGACCACCUGUGCAGGUCCCAGCUGCAGAAGAAUGUCUUCAGUGCCCUGGUUGUAGCCUGGUAUUCCUCUGCAUGCCAUGUGUCCAACAUGCUUCGUCCACUAACCUACGGGGACACGUCCCUCUCACCAGGAGAACUCCAAGCCCUUCGCUGGAAAGACAGCUGGGACAUUCUGAUCCGGAAUUACUAGCUCAGAAGAGCGUGGAAGACAAGCAUGCAGAACAGGAUCUAAAACGUGUUUGUCCCCCACCAGCAGAGGUCUCAGCAGUCAGGGACUGGCUGGGUCCAGGAAGGACUCCAGGGAUUAAUUACGAUUUCUCCUGAAGAGCCACUGGUUUCUCAUUUGAGUGAUUUAUUCCUCUUCACACAGUGAAGACUAUGCCCACAGCAUCACCCAUGAGGCCCACCUCUGACCAGCCAGUGUUUGAGCUGCCAGCGUAGGAACCACCAAGGCAGGCAGGAGCACCCGGCCAGGGAAGGAGUGGACAGGACUCCCGUGAUGAGCCUGAGCGUCCCACCAGCUGUGGGGCACCAAUGGGGUCUUGGCCCUGCCUUUCACAAGACCUGCAGCUACCCCAAACAACUCACUGAGGUACAGCGGACCUGUGUAAAGCCUACUUGGAAAUCUGACAGUGCAUUAACACCAAGACUCCUCAUGAUCUGUAUUUUAAAAACCCCUUCUGGGAAAUUUCACCAAAUGUCUUCACUUGUCUUCCAGCCAAGAUGUUAUCCAUACACUUCCUUGCCUUGAAUUUGCCUUUCCUAAUGUAAAUAAAAAGGAACAAACUGAUAA